CUGUCACGAGAAUCAUCUCAUCAGCACUUCCGUGUUCACAGACGCUUCUGAAGUCUGAAGACUGCGGACGUCUCAUCAUGAUCGUCAAAAUAAACUUCUGCUGUUUUAGUCUCUCUAUUAUGUUUAUGUGCUUGUAUGCGCAAUAUGUACCACCGUACACAGAAGAGUGCAGAAGUGGCAUGUAUCCUCCAAACGGACCAACAUUUAAAGGUGAUGUGUCCUGGUAUACCGUUGAUCUGGACUUACCACCAAGCAAAAGAUGGACAGAUGUUAUUACAGACAAAAAGAAGGAUAUGGCGAGCAUGAUUCAGGCUAUCAGAGAUCUAGCAGAUGCCUUUGUUCCCAGUGGGAAGCUCAUCAAACUAGUAGACAAGGAAUUGCCCUUGAUGGUGAACACCUUGCCUUAUCCUUUCGAUGAGGAGAUCAGAGGAAUAGCAUCAGUGUCUGGUGUUCCUUUGGGUGAGGUGGUGCUCUUCAACAUAUUUUAUGAGGUGUUCACUGUAUGCACUUCUCUGGUUGCAGAGGAUGUCAAUGGCAAUCUCAUCCAUGCAAGGAACCUGGACUUUGGACUUUUCAUGGGUUGGGAUUUGAAGAACAGGUCAUGGAUCAUCACAGAGAAGCUGAAGCCACUUAUUGUCAACCUCGACUUCAGAAGGAACAAUCAGACUGUCUUUAAAUCCACCAAUUUUGCAGGAUACGUGGGCAUGCUGACUGGUAUUCAUCAGCGCUCUUUCACACUCACUAUGAAUGAACGAUUCAGUCUGGAUGGAGGGUACAUCGGGAUUCUGGAGUGGAUCUUGGGGAAGAGAGACGGCAUGUGGAUGAGUUUUCUGACUCGUUCUGUGUUGGAGAACGCAACUAGCUAUGAAAGUGCCAAGGCUCUGUUGUCUGACACUAAGCUGCUGGCUCCAGCCUACUUCAUCCUGGGAGGGAACCAGACGGGUCAAGCCUGCAUCAUCACCAGAUCCAGAACACACAGCAUCAGUCCACUGGAGCUUGAUGUGAAGAAUGGCAGGUGGUAUGUUUUGGAGACUAACUAUGACCACUGGAAAGAGCCUCUGUUUUUGGAUGACAGGAGAACUCCUGCUAUGAAAUGCAUGAAUCAGACCACAAAGGAUGAUAUCUCCUUAAAGACAGUCUAUGAUGUCCUGUCCACCAAGCCAGUCUUAAAUAAACUGACCACGUACACUACUCUAAUGGAGGCGUCUAAGGGGACAUUGGAGUCUUAUAUCCGUGACUGUCCUAACCCCUGCAUGCCGUGGUGAUGGAUCGCAUCUGGGCAAGCUGCAUCACUGGGACGUUCAUAUGUAUGUUAAAGGAAAAGCAUCCAAUUCAAAAUUUAGCAUCAUUAAAAAUCAGCUCUUACAUUUUAGAA